AUGGGACCCAUGCAACGAAAGGUCACCACCGUCAAUCCUACCAAUAACAUGGACGCCAAUCCAGUUGCGAGAAUGCAACCGUUGGAAGCAGUGCACGAUGAGAAGGAGAUAAGGGACUUUGAAGAUUUCCAAAGAUUUAAGGCCAUGGAAAAGUUACUAAGCGAUAAAGAAAAAAGAGGAACACGUGAAAAGGACAAUGACGAUCGGGUAUCAGUGCAUACAUGGCGUUCGAGCACAACAACUGGGAAGGAAACAGAGGGAGAACGCAAACAACCACAAAUUCAGGAAGGUUGGAGGCCGAGGGACUCACAGGAAGUUGUCAACCAGAAAGAAUAUGAUGGAACCCUGAGGAAGAUAAACUUCAGAAACCCUUUCACUAACCAUAUAAACGACACGCCCAUCCCUAUAGGUUAG